UUUCUGUUUUGUCUUGUUUCUGAAGCAAAGCCUUGCUUCCAUCUUCCCCAGAUAAGAUAACUAUACAAAAGUUAAGUUGAAUAUAGAAAUGCGAGUAAAAAGCUCCAAUCCUAUCAAAGAAUGCAGUUGAACGUAGUGUUCUCAAGAAUAGAAGGGGGUGAUGAUUACCUCUCGGUACCAACUACUAUCCCCACCCACCAAGCCAACAACCAAAUUCGAACCUUCAAACGCAAGAGACUAACACCUCUCAACUGUCUUGUUAGACCCUCAUAUUCAUAUUUCCUCUCUUAUUUUUUACCUUGAUAACCACAAUUGUUGUAGCCUUGGAUCCAGUCUAUGAAUGGCAAAGCUAAGAUCUUGGACUCAGAUAUGGCGUUCUAUUGUCGGAAUGUGUAUUCUGAAUUCUGUUUUGAACUUCAAGAUCGUAACGUUAGCUGAUGACACUGGCAGUAACAGUAUUGUAUCAGAAGGUGACUGCAAGAACACGAAUUAUCAGAUUUUCCUUCCUCCACCGUAUCAGAAUAUAUCCUCUACCAUUUGCAAACCUGUUUGGCAUUCAUACGAAUUAAGGUACACCAAGACAGGUGAUACAACAACUAUCAUAUUAUCUGCACCCUACACAGUUGGAUGGGUGGGAAUUGGAUUUUCAAGGGAUGGCAUGAUGGCUGGUUCCAGUGCGAUGGUAGGAUGGGUUAACAAACAUGGUCAUGCAAAAGUCAAGCAAUUUUAUCUAAGGGGUAGAAGGCAAUCAGAAGUAAUUGUAGACAAAGGUGAACUGCCUCUGAAUAAUAUACCAGCUGCAGUGGCAACAAAUGGAGCUGAAAUUUACGUAGCGUUUCAGCUACAAGCGACAACUCCAUUUGGGAAGCAACCGAUUUUAUUGGCUUUCAGUACUAAACGUCCACUGAACCAUCAUCUAUCAAAACAUGAAGACAAAACAGCGGUUAUAUUCGAUUUUUCUUCAGGUUCUACCGGGCCGGUAUCCAAUUGGUUGAUUCAGAUAAGAAAGAGCCAUGGAAUAGUGGGUGUAUUAGGGUGGGGCCUAAUCCUGCCUGUGGGGGCAAUUAUUGCUAGGUACUUCAGGCACAAGGAUCCCCUAUGGUUUUAUCUCCAUUCAGUCAUUCAAUUCGUGGGAUUUGCGUUUGGUCUUGCCACAGUCCUUCUUGGAUUACAACUCUAUAGAAGUGUGCAUGUUCACAUACCAGCUCACAGAGGCAUAGGCAUAUUUGUUCUUGUCUUAAGUAUUCUUCAGAUAUUGGCAUUUUUCUUGAGGCCAGACAAGGAUUCCAAGUUUAGAAACAUUUGGAAUUUGUAUCACAGUUGGUUUGGAAGAAUGGCGCUUUUCUUUGCAGCCUUGAAUAUAGUGUUGGGGAUGCGAGCUGCGGGUGCAGGGAAUGGUUGGAAGAUAAGCUAUGGAUUCCUUGUUAGCAUUGUACUUGUGGCAGUUAUCGUUCUCGAAGUAAUGGCGUAUUUGAAAAGGUCACAAAAGCGUUCUCUUCCUCACACUUUCCAAAUGGACCCAGUUGGAGAAGCAACCUUUCCAACCAAUCUUGCUAAAGCAGGGUGAAUGUGUUUGCUCCCAGUUUUGUUUGCACUUGUACAAGUUGUCAAUUGUCGCAUUCAGCCACUUCAGACUAGACCUCAUUCACCCUACUACAUGUGAACUGAGAUGUGGAGCUUUCUUGGUGUAGUUAGAUAUUUUAGCCACCUAGACGUUUGCCAAGAUGGACAAUCCUAAUGUUUGUCUUCUUCCUCAACUGAACCUGUUACUUGA